ACGUAUGUAAAUGGUUUACGCUUUGUCUUGACCAUCUUGGGUGGAGCCAUUGCUGUAAUGGGCAGUAAAGCUAUCAAGUAUCCAUCAGCAGGCGCCUUAGGCUGUGUAACAGUGGCCUUUGUAGCUGGCAUCGGAUGGAAGCGUCAACAAGCCAAAAUGACGCCACAACAGCGACAGACAUAUGAAAAUUCUAGUGUAACCAAACGUCUUGAUUUGCUGUGGAAAUUUUUAAAGCCCGUUUCAUUUGCGCUCAUCGGCAAAGAAAUUAAUUUUGCCGUUUUGGAUGGUAAAGUCGUUGGUUACGGUGCCCUGUUGGUGUUACUCGGAAGUCUGUUUCGUUUAGGCUUCGCCUAUAUAUCCACAUAUGGCGGAAAUCUGUCGAGAAAAGAACGUGGCUACAUUACAAUUUCCGGCUUUCCCAAAGCAACUGUCCAAGCUGCCUUAGGACCCAUUGCCUUGGAUAUGGCACGUGAACUUAACUCCGAGGCGGAUAUUGUUGCUUUGGCCAGGAAUGUUUUAAUCAUAUCCGUUUUGGCCAUUAUAUUCACAGCACCAUUGGGUGCUAUUUUGAUGUUACGUUUAGCUCCAAAAUGGCUACAACACAGUCCGGCCGAACAAACAGAUGAGGAAGCAGCGGAAGGGGAAGCCGUGCAGCAGGAUGCUAACAACAUCAAUGGGAACAGCAACCACCUCUCCAAUAACGGCACACAGCGGGCAAUUCCAAUCUAA